UCUCUCAGAAAUCGAAAUCAAAAAAAUCAAAACCGAAACCCUAGAAAAAAUCCCUCUUCAUCUUCUCCGAACUCACAUCAACAAUGGUUCCAUUCGGAUCAACAGCUUCAACUCAGAUACGAUUCUUACUCCAAUCCGUAAACGAUUCCAACUUCGAUUCAGUAUUCCUCGAGUUAACACAAUUCAUCCAUUACGGUCUCGAAUCAAGCAUCUUACUACUCCAAUCCUGCUUAGAUCUUCAUCAUUUCGAAGGAGGGUUGGAAAAGAGUAUUGAAAACCCUAAUCAUAUUCUUCUCGGCACGAUUAUCAGGUAUCUGUUGUCUAAACCUAAUUUCAGUACCAUAUUAUGUGAAUCGCUUCGAAGAAACAGUAGUUCAGGUGAUGAUAAUAACAAUGGUCCUGUUGUGAAAUCUGUGUAUGUUCUUGGACCUCUAGUGAAUCACUUGGAAUUUACAGUUUUUGAAAGGAUUGCAUUUGGUCUUGCAUUGUGUGAUUCUGAAGAUGUAGAUGUUAGGAGAUUUGGGAAGAGUUUCUGUGUUAGUCAUAUUGAGGAGGUGUUGAGUGCACAUCAUAAUGGUAAUGGAUCGAUUGUGGAUUGUUCGAGUGAGGUGAUUCAGAGUAUUGUGUUGUUUCUGACUCGGACCGAAGGUGUUGCAAAGCAUGUGGAUUCUUUUAUGCAGCUGGUGGCGUUGGUGGAGACGAAAAGUAAUUGGGGGAGUGCGGAUUUGGCGGUGUUGUCUCCGUUGCGUAGUGCGGAUAAUGCUGAUGAGAGGAGGAAUUCGGAUUUGUUUUAUAGUGAAAAUGAUGAAUUUGAUGAUAUUUUGGAGGAGAUAGAGAAGGAGAUGAGCAUGGCUGAUAUUGUGAAGGAACUGGGUUAUGGAUGUACUGUUAAUGUUUCGCAUUGCAAUGAAGUGCUGUCUCUGUUUUUACCUCUGAAUGAAGUUACUAUAGCGAGGUUACUCAGCACAAUUGCACGCACACAUGGCGUCUUGGAGGAGGACAGCACACAUUCAACUUUCUGCUCUGCACUUGGAUUAACUUCGUGCGAUGAUCCAUCACUGUUGAGCACGUGGAAUGUCGAAGUUCUUGUAGAAUCGAUCAAGCAACUUGCUCCUUAUACCGACUGGAUUCGUGUGAUGGAAAACCUUGACCACGAGGGUUUGUGCUUUCCUAGCGAGAGUUCAUUUUCUUUUUUCAUGUCUGUUUACAGAAAUGCAUGCCAGGAUCCCUUCCCUCUUCAUGCCAUAUGUGGGACUGUAUGGAACAAUGUUGAAGGUCAGAUAUCUUUUCUAAGAUAUGCUGUUUCUGCAUCCCCUGAAGUAUUCACGUUUGAGCACUCCGCCAGACAACUGGUGUAUGUCGAUGCAGUCCAUGGUCAUAAGCUUACAACUGGAAAUGCAAAUCAGGCUUGGAUAUGUCUUGACCUGUUUGAUGUUUUAUGCCAACUUGCUGAGACAGGACAUGCUGGCUCCGUUCGGUUAAUGCUUGAUUAUCCUCUUAAACACUGUCCUGAAGUGUUGCUGCUUGGGUUAUCGCAGAUUAAUACGGCUUAUAACCUACUUCAACAUGAAGUUCUCUCGGCUGUUUUUCCCAUGGUAGUCCGUAAUUUAUCAAGAGCAGGUGUUGUUCUCCACCUAUGGAACAUUAAUCCUAAUGUCGUCUUGCGGGGACUUUUAGAUGUCCAGAACUUUGACUCGGAGGGCAUGAUUAAAACUUUUGACAUUUGCCAAGAGCUUAAGAUUCUGUCUCCAGUGUUGGAUAUGGCUCCAUUUUCAUUCAGUAUAAAGUUGGCUGCUCUUGCUUCUGGAAAGGGACAAAUAAAUCUGGACAAGUGGUUGAAUGAUAAUUUAAGCACAUAUGGAGACACUUUGUUUGAAGGGUGCCUCAAGUUCCUCAAAGAGAUCCAUGUUGGCGUACCCCACGACGUUCUUCAACAUUCUGGUGCAGUAGUAAUUGCUUAUUUGGAGACAGUUCCUAUAUUCAUCAAGGUUCUUCUAGGUCAUGCUGGGCAGAAUGUCUCACGUCAUGAUCAACUCGAGGAAUUGAAAACAUUACAUGCAGUAUUUAUCCAAAAUAAUACUAAACUGCAGAAUGGUGAACCUGCCAAUUCAUCUUCACCUGAUGGAGUAUAUUCAGAUGAUGUAGAGGGAGAAGCUAAUUCAUUCUUCCACCAGAUGUUCUCUGGGCAGUUGAGCACAGAUGCAAUGGUUCAGAUGCUUGCUCGUUUCAAGGAGUCUCCUGACAAAAGAGAACAAGAUAUCUAUAAUUUUAUGAUCGGAAAUCUGUUUGAGGAGUACAAGUUUUUCCCAAAAUAUCCUGAAAGGCAGCUUAAAAUUGUUGCCGUUCUCUUUGGGUCUCUUAUAAAGCACCAGCUCGUGACCCAUCUUUUGCUUGGCGUUGCUCUUCGUGCAGUUUUGGAUGCGUUGCGUAAAUCUGCAGAUUCAAAAAUGUUUGUGUUUGGGGCGAAGGCAUUGGAGCAGUUUGUAGAUCGUUUGAUAGAGUGGCCUCAAUAUUGCAAUCACAUCCUGCAAAUUUCUCACUUACGUUCAACGCAUUCAGAGCUCGUUAUGUUUAUCGAGUGUGCUCUUGCCUCUAUCUCAUCCAGCCAUGCGGAAUCAAAUGGAGGUAGUGUUGUUCCUACAGAUCAUCAAGGACUAAACCCUGUUCCCUCGCAUCAAGGACUAAAUCCCGUUCCCCCGGAAACCAUGGAGGUCCCCGAGUCGUCGUGGAAGGUAAUGGGGUCUGGCGGCAGCGGCACUGUACAGUCUAGGCAGCAACUACCUUUAUCUCCAUCUCCAUUUCAGGUUCAACAGCGAAAUCAAGUUUCUCCUGAUGACAGACACAAAUCCGCUGGACAACUGCAGACAAUUGUUUCAGCACAUGAUGGUACUCAGAAGGCGAGUGUUGCACCACCAUUAGCUACUGUGCUUACUCAGAGUGCGCCCACCGUGCCUGUCCCUGUGCCAAACUCCACAAGCUUUCUGCGUCCUUCUCGAGGUAUACCGACUGCCAGUAUACCUAGACAACAGUCUAGCACCGGCUUUGGUUCUGCACUAAACAUUGAAACACUUGUUGCGGCUGCUGAAAGAAGGGAUAGUCCCAUCGAGGUUCCUGCAUCUGAGACUCAAGAUAGAAUAUUAUUUUUGAUUAAUAAUAUUUCAUCAUCAAAUUUUGAAACCAAAGCAAAAGAGUUGACUGAGGUUUUAAACGAAGAGUUUUAUCCAUGGUUUGCUCAAUAUAUGGUGAUGAAAAGAGCUAGCAUUGAGCCUAAUUACCAUGAUCAGUAUCUGAAGUUCUUAGAUAAGGUUAAUUCUAAGGUCUUGAACAAGGAGAUUGUUAAAGCUACUUAUGAGAACUGCAAGGUCCUACUAAGAUCAGAGCUUAUUAAGUCUAGUUCAGAAGAACGCUCAUUGCUGAAAAAUCUCGGUAGUUGGCUUGGGAAGCUUACAAUCGGCAGAAACCAAGUGCUAAGGGCUAGGGAAAUAGAUCCAAAAGCUCUGAUAAUUGAGGCUUAUGAGAAGGGGUUGAUGAUUGCAGUGAUUCCUUUCACCUCGAAGAUUCUGGAACCAUGCCAAUCCAGUCUUGCAUAUCAACCCCCAAAUCCCUGGACCAUGGGAAUACUUGGUUUACUUGCUGAGAUUUACGCACUACCAAAUCUAAAGAUGAACCUCAAGUUUGACAUUGAGGUCUUAUUGAAGAAUCUUGGCGUUGAAAUGAAAGACGUCAAGCCGACCUCUCUUCUGAAAGAUCGGGUUAGGGAACUUGAAGGAAAUCCUGACUUCUCCAACAAAGAUGUCACGGCCACCAAGCCCCAAGUAAUUCCUGAAGUCAAUCCGCCAAUAAGUGUCGAGCCACAGCCAGAUGUUGUGAUUCCACCUCAUUCUGGGGGUCUAUUAACCGAGGAUGAAAAGAUGCCAGCUUUAACUUUACCAGAGCGGCUUCCUUCUGGCCAGGGACUACCAGUCACUCCAUCGCAGUCACCAUUUUCUGUUAGUCAGCUUCCCACACCAAUUGCAAACAUUGGAACCGAUGUCAUUGUCAACCCAAAGAUAAGUGCGUUGGGUCUUCAGCUGCAGUUUCAGAGAAUUGUUCCCAUGGCGAUGGAAAGGGCCAUCAAGGAGAUAAUGUCCCCUGUUGUUCAGCGAAGUGUUACUAUAGCAAUUCAAACAACGAAAGAACUUGUUCUUAAGGACUAUGCUAUGGAGUCCGAUGAGACCCGCAUAUAUAAUGCCGCUCACCUGAUGGUUGCCAGUCUCGCUGGAAGUCUAGCACAUGUCACCUGCAAGGAGCCUCUCCGUGUUUCUAUUUCUAGUCACUUGAGGAAUAUGAUCCAGCCUUUAAAUGUUUCCAAUGACCUUGAACAAGCUGUACAGAUCAGUACGAACGACAAUCUUGAUUUGGGUUGUGCUGUGGUUGAAAAAGCCGCUAUUGAGAAGGCGUUACAAACAAUUGACGGUGAAAUUGCUGGACAACUGGCUGUAAGAAGGAAACGAAGAGACGCUGUAGGUCCUGCGUAUUUUGACGCAACCACUUACACACAGGGUCCUAUGGGUGGAGUGCCUGAGGCCCUUCGUCCAAAACCUGGGCGUUUGUCUCUCUCCCAGCAACGAGUUUAUGAGGAUUUUGUAAGGUUUCCAUGGCAAAAUCAACCUAGUCAAAGUUCAAAUGCACUGCCUGCUGUUCAAAAUUCAUUUGCUGGUGGUUCUGGUAGUUCCAGCUUGCCUCGUUCUUAUGGCCUGGCUUCAGGUCAGCCAAAUCCUACUUUAUAUUCAAGUACUCAAGGAGAUCCAGGAUUUGGUUCAGUUGUGCAACCCCCUGCUCUUGCUUCUGAGGACAUGGACCCCGCUUCAACGCAGAUUCUUAGCGCUUCAUCAGCUCGUAUUGCGGCAUCUGAUGUGGUAACACAACAUGGUUCUGACGUUGAUUCUGUUGUUCCUUUGUUUCCUUCAACAAUUGCUUCAACCGAACCAAUUUCUGUUGAUCCCUCUGAUUCUACGAAAGAUUCAGGAGCCACUGCACAACCAUUACCUGAAAGUUUUGGCACAGAGCACUUAAGCACUAGUGUGGGAGACCUUUUAUCUACCGAGGAUGUGUUAGAGAAGUACCACAUUGUGGCACAAAAUCUUGAAGACCUUAUAUCUAAAGAUUCUAAAGAUGUUGAAGUUCAGGGAGUUAUUGAUGAGGUUCCUGAAAUUAUACUUAGAUCUGUAAGCCGGGAUGAGGCUGCUGUGGUUGUGGCCCGUGAUGUUUUUAAAAGUUUAUACGGGAAUACCUCGAACAGUACUCAUGUAGGUGCUCAGAUUGCAAUUUUGGUUGCUCUUCGAGAUGUUUGUAAGGUUGCCGUGAAGGAGCAGCUUACGGUUUUGGUGAUUUACUCUGAAGACGAGUAUAAGUUCAACAAAGAUAUUAUUGUUGGCCUCAUUCGUUCCGAACUACUUAACCUUGCGGAGUACGGUAUGCACAUGGCAAAGCUUAUUGAUGCAGGGCGAAAUACAACCGCUACGGAGUUUGCGAUAUCUCUUCUACAGGCCUUAGUUACUCAGGAAUCUGGAAAUGGUGUCUCUGAGCUCCACAAUCUCAUAGAGGCACUGGCAAAGCUUACUACAAGACCUGGAUCCCCUGAAUCUUUACCACAGCUUCUUGAGAUUGCCAGGGAUGUCUCUGCUAACACCUCUGCUCCAUCAGGUUAUAUGGUGAGCAACGAUGAGAAAGCUAAUCAGGCUAGAGACAGAAAGGCUCCAUCUGCACGUCCAUCUGUAAGUAGGGGGGAUGACUACAAUAAUGUUGAGUCUAUGACAGCAGAUCCUCAUGGCUUCCGUGAACAAGUUUCGAUGCUUUUCAAAGAAUGGUACCGAAUCUCUGAAGCUAUGGGUACAAAUGAUGUUGCUGUCACUCGUUUUGUGUCACAGUUGCAGCAAAGUGGACUGCUCAAAGGUGAUGAUAUGACAGAUUGUUUUUUCCGCCUGCUCACCGAAUUAUCAGUAACACACUGCUUGUCGACUGAGGUGUUUACUCCAGGCUCACUGUCGCUGCAAUCGUCUCAGCAAGCUCCAGCUCUGUCGUUUGUUGCGAUUGAUAUGUAUGCUAAACUUGUGAUUUUGAUCCUGAAGUAUUGUGCAGUUGAUCAGGGAUCAAAUAAACUAUUUCUCCUCCCCAAGAUUCUGUUGGUUACUGUGAGAGCUAUUCAAAAAGAUGCUGAUGAGAGAAAGAUAGCAUUUAAUCCAAGGCCAUAUUUCAGAUUGUUCGUGAACUGGCUUCUUGAUCUUGGUUCUCCUGACUCUGUGCUUGAGGGUGCUAACUUUCAGAUUCUGACAGCAUUUGCAAAUGCUUUCCACGCAUUGCAGCCUCUAAAAGUUCCUGGUUUUAGUUAUGCGUGGCUGGAGUUGGUGAGUCACAGGAGUUUUAUGCCAAAAUUGCUUUAUGGAAAUUCUCAGAAGACUUCACCCUAUGUCCAGCGCUUGCUUGUAGAUUUGUUCAAGUUCAUGGAGCCGUACUUGAGAAAUGCUGGAAAAUCUCAGCUUGGAGAUCCUGUUCACUUCCUCUAUAAAGGCACUUUGCGUGUUCUGCUGGUGCUUCUUCAUGAUUUUCCGGAGUUCCUCUGCAAUUAUCAUUUCAGCUUCUGUGAUGUCAUCCCGCCAAGCUGCAUCCAAAUGCGGAAUGUUAUUCUUAGUGCAUUUCCUCGCAACAUGAGGCUGCCUGACCCUUCCACCCCAAACUUGAAGAUUGAUUUGUUAGCUGAAAUAAGCCAAUCACCAUGCAUUUUCUCCGAUGUUGAUGCGGCAGUUAAAGCAAAGCAGAUGAAGGGAGAUAUUGAUGAGUAUCUCAAGACAAGGCAACAAGGACCGUCAUUCUUGGCAGAACUGAAGCAGAGAGUGCUGCUUUCUCAGGGCGAGGCAGCACUUGCUGGGACCAGGUACAAUGUACCAUUGAUGAAUUCCCUUGUUCUUUAUGUUGGCAUGCAGGCUAUCCAGCAACUACAGACCAAGACGCCACCUUCACCACAGAUGGCACAUACUGCUCCAAUGGAUAUUUUCUUGGUUGGUUCUGCAAUGGAUAUUUUCCAAACUCUGAUUGGGGAUCUUGACACAGAAGGUCGGUACCUCUUCCUCAAUGCAGUUGCGAAUCAGUUGCGUUAUCCCAACAACCACACACACUAUUUCUCCUUUGUCCUCCUCUACCUAUUUGCUGAAGCCAACCAGGAAGCCGUUCAGGAGCAGAUAACAAGGGUUCUAUUGGAACGCCUGAUUGUGAACCGUCCUCAUCCAUGGGGCUUGCUUAUCACUUUUAUUGAGCUGAUUAAGAAUCCUAGAUAUAACUUCUGGACUUGCUCCUUCACGAGAUGUGCACCCGAAAUUGAAAAGCUGUUUGAAUCCGUCUCAAGAUCUUGUGGGGGGCCGAAAACUCCAGACGAGAGUUUGGUAUCUGACGGCGGCGCACACUGAUUCUUCUUCAAUCUUUAAUCUGCAUCCAGUCAUUUUAUGUGAAUUGUACAUCUUUUAGCCUUUUUAAUUGCAUCUUUAGUUGAUGUACUCUAGACAAUUUUUAAAUUUUGCUUGAAAGUUGAAACGACAUUUAAUUUUUAAUUUUUAAGAAGACGAUAUACUUAUUUGCUGAUA